GAGCAAGGAAUCUAACUCACAAAGACGCCUCCACACAAACAACUUAUAAUGACUUCGUGAUAAACAUCCCUUCAGAGCAAAACGUCACUCCAACAUACCCAGGACAUGUAUACAUAUAUCCCGUUCAAACACCAUAUUCAGCCUCUGCUUCUCCGAGGUCACCAAGACACGCAGAGGGUAUUGGAUCUCUUUCACCUCACUGCUACACUGGAAACUCUCAAGACCACGCCAGUCCUUGGCUGGGUAGCUUUUCACCGCGUCAUUCCUUCGACACUCGAUCCGCUGAAGUUCCAAAAAGUUUAACGUUGCCGAGGUAUACAGGUGGAAAGUCCGAGAAGAAAUAUGCAAAUCAGUUAAAUUUGGAUUUGCCAUGUUCGCCAACCUCAGAGAUAGUGGCCACAAAACACGGUUUCGCUGUCGAAGGGUUGGAAGUGCCGCAUUUUCCAGGUAGUAGCGGCCGUUCGCUGCCUUCCAGCGGAAGUGACAUAUUCAAACCAAGUAGCAGCCGUAACCAGGGCCAGUCCUCGAGCAAACAACCCUUAAGCCCUUCUCCGGCUGUGUCUGCUCGAAUGCCGUUAUCUCGUUCUCCCUUGCCAAGGCAGCCUGUAGCGCACAUAAGCAACCACCAGCCUCCUCCCACACGCCAUCACAGGCAUAAACGACGUGAAUCUGUAGCACCUAAACAUUCAGAACAUCCACCUUCCAAACCGGUAUCUCUUUCUAGGAAACCGUCGCAUAAGUUACCAUCAAGGCACCAUCGAGAUACCACGUCACCAAGAAGAAAAGACAUUGAUACAAACAGUGAAGCAGUCAGCAUGAAGCUGCUUAAAGAUUCCUCAUACGAAAAUCAGGAUUCUGGGGACAUUCCAUCCCAUUUGUAUCAUCAAGAUGAGGAAGGAUUCUUUUCUUCCUUGAGUUCUUCUCAUGCCAAACGAAUGUACAACAGAGAUGGGGAUGAUUACGGAAACAAAGGCAUCCUCUUCUUCAGUCGCUUAGCUGGCAUAGGUAGACACCAUGACUCGGGAAUGGGUGGGGGAGGCAGAUUGAACUUCAAGAGCGGAGGUUUUGAAUCAUGA